AUGAUCAGAUUUAUUUCUGUCCAAACAAAACCUUAUCAAGGUUAGAAUAAUCUAGACAUACUUGUUGACAACCAAAUUUACUAAUAAUAUUUUAAUGGUGGCCAAAACUUGAUCAUUGAAGCCGAAUUCGGAAACACAUUAAUCUAAGAAAUCAACCUACAUCUUUGUCCUGAACCUGAGAAGGAUAUCUUAUACAAAUGCUACAAUCUCAACGAAUUAGAUCAAGAGUAUAAGCGAAUUAGUGGAAAAUUGAUAAAAAUAAGGAAUGAAGAAAAUUAUAUCACCUACGCUGCAUUUGUAAAAUCAGAAGUGCCGUUCACACGAUUAACAAUAACUAUAUAAUCAGAGAAAUCUGAUUCCUUUAAAAUAUAUUAUUUUGGUGUAAGAGGUAAGAAUAUAGAAGAGGAAUUGUAGCAAUAAGAAUCAAUUGAAUAGAAAAACAUUAAAGUGAUAUUAAAGCGAGGAAGAAAAACUGAAACUUUUAACAAUAGAAUUGUAGACAACGAUAAAAUGACUCCCUCAGAAUUCUUUAAUAGAGUUAAAAAUGGUAUCCCUAUUAGUAACAGAGACUAAUAGCCUGAAAAAAUAAUUUAUUCUAAUUACGAUGAAAAAAUGAAAAUUGAGUAAAGUUAAAUAAAUGAUUAAAAUCUUAAAUUUACUGACAAAAUACAAGAAGAAUCAAAAGUCAAAGAAGAUCCUGACAAUAAAAAAUACAUUACUCUAUAUGAUGAUGAUGAAAAUUCUGUUUAAUUCAUAGAUUAAAAAGUCAAAUAAUAAUAAUAAUAAUAGCAAUAACAAUAACAAUAACAACAAAAAUAAAACAACAAAAGUCAUUUUAGUUCCUAAAAGUGUUGCUUUUCUGAUACUAAACAAGUUUCGAGCAUUAAAAUACCUUCUAAAUAACUGAAUAUUACUGAUUUCGCUUAUUCAUCAAAAUAAACUGCCAAUCAAGACAUUAAAGUAGAAUAUAAUGUUUUUCAUAACAUGAUGAAAUAUACAGCCUCAGAAAUUGAUUAAUAGUUUCUUCAAUUUCACAAAACAAUUGAAGAAUCCAAAAAUGUGCCUGCAAAAUAUAGAUUAAUACAUAGAAUAAAUACAUAACAAUACUGA